UGGCAUUAUCGUUCAACCCACCCUGAAGCCGCUCGCUGUCCGUCAAAAGUAUUCCAAUCAAAACACUCAAUUACAGUUGGUUUAGCGUAGCGUGAGUGCGGACUUAUGGAUGGUGGUGCUCCGGGAGCCGUGGCUAACGCCGUGUGAGGCCUACCGCUGGUGUUUGUAGCCGGGCCGCCCGUGAAAAGGUGCUUCCGAGCGAUGGACGAGCAACAAAGAAUGAUGCACCCAGUAUCACAACAUCCCAUCGUGAGCAUGGCGGGCCAUGUCGUGCCCCAGCAUGGUUACGGAAUGCCUCCGCAAUCGCACGGUGUCGACCCGACGGGCCAACAGGCCGCACCCGACCAGGAGCCGAGGAAGCACGACAUUUCGGAAAUUCUCCAACAGAUCAUGAACAUCACCGACCAGAGCUUGGACGAAGCGCAAGCUAGGAAACACACGCUCAACUGCCACCGAAUGAAGCCCGCUCUCUUCAGCGUCCUCUGCGAAAUCAAAGAGAAAACAGUGCUGAGCUUACGAAACACGCAAGAGGAAGAGCCCCCUGACCCUCAGCUGAUGCGGCUGGACAACAUGCUGAUCGCUGAGGGCGUGGCGGGACCCGAGAAGGGCGGUGGUGCCGGCGCGGCCGCCAAUGCCUCGGCUGCCGCAUCGGCCGGUGGACAGCCCGAAAACGCCAUCGAGCACUCCGACUACAGGGCCAAGCUCGCGCAAAUCCGUCAGAUCUACCACCAGGAACUCGAGAAGUACGAGCAGGCGUGCAACGAGUUCACGACGCACGUGAUGAACCUGCUGCGCGAACAGAGCCGGACGCGUCCCAUCACGCCCAAGGAGAUCGAACGCAUGGUCCAGAUCAUCCACAAGAAGUUCAACUCCAUCCAGGUGCAGCUCAAGCAGAGCACCUGCGAAGCCGUCAUGAUCCUCCGCUCCAGGUUCCUCGAUGCCAGGCGGAAGAGGCGGAACUUCAGCAAGCAGGCGACGGAGAUCCUGAACGAGUACUUCUACUCGCACCUUAGCAACCCGUACCCGUCGGAGGAGGCCAAGGAGGAACUCGCAAGGAAAUGCGGCAUCACUGUCUCUCAGGUGUCUAAUUGGUUCGGCAACAAGCGGAUACGAUACAAGAAGAACAUAGGGAAAGCGCAAGAAGAGGCCAAUCUCUACGCAGCAAAAAAGGCAUUCCCGAAAAAGAAAACAGACAGACAUACGGCCGGCGCUUCAGCCUACAGCAUGGUGCCGACGACGCAGGGUCAGCAGGGUCCUAUGAUAAGCCCACCACCGCCGGGCGUCCCGCAAGACUCCAUGUACAACAUGAGUAUGAACGGCGGAGACUCCUACCAGAACGCCGUGGGCGCCAACGUGCAAUCGCAGCUUCCCCACGGGGUGCGCGCCAUGGCCUACAGUCCGCCGCCACACCACAGCGACAGCUCCACGCCGCUCAGUCCCCCCAUGUGAGAGGAGCCUCCCGUCCUCCUUCCAUCCCACCCACUCUCACCGGUCGUCUUCGUCGUCGCGAAAGGAAAACAAAAACUACGAAACCGUUCUUCAUCUCUCGUUGUGCGCCAUCCUCGAGCGCGCGCGCGCCCUUCUCAUCAUUAUCCGUCUCUGGAGUGACACGGCGACCUGCCAUGGCUUCGCUACGAAGACGCUGAUCAUAUAUAUAGGGCACGACGAAACAUUACGAGAAAAGAGAGAGAGAGAGGCAAAAAAAAAAGACGAUUCCGCUGAAUGGACUUUCGGGUGAGGGGCGUUUCGGCCGGACUGUCGUAGUGGUAGUGCUGUAUACGUGCGGGGUGGAGUGAAGGUGACGUGGCAUCUGGCUCUUGCCGAGCCCGGUGAGUGGACCACCGCGCGGUGGAGACGUGUCCGCGUAGCGUGGCCGCCUUCCAGGACGACUGAGGGGACACACUUCUUUCGCCCUGACGUGCAUGUGUCGUAUAGAUUUCGCUGGGCUUGGCUCAACGUGAUCGGUAUAGUGUACAUAUUGAACGGACGUGUACGAUUAGGCGUUAAGAGUGAUUGGAGAUUUACGGCAUUUUGCGAGGCGAAUGAGGUAUACAUCGGGAUGAUCCGUGUAAAACGUGACGCGGUCUACGAGUCGGUGCAACUGCGGCGGAAACACCGUCUUCCUUGCGUUAGGGCGUAUGUCUAGAUGGCGUAAUUCUCAGCGCGGUUUACUAAGCGAGCUUUUCGGGCCUGUGGCGUUUAAUGAGUGCAUCGCCUGUUUUAACUGUAUUAUACCGACUUAUUCUUUGCUUAACGAUUAUCUACCGGGCCUCUACCAUCUUAGGAGGGACACAUUAGUGAAGAUAUGUGAGAGAUACUCUCACUACUACAAAUUUUCAAGGGACAGAGAACUGGUUUUAAGCCGGAAGCCUUAAUGUAUCAUACUUGCGGUGUCCGGUCCACUGGCACAGUCCCCUCGCUCGGGAGGAUAAACGGGCCCUUCAGCACUGGAACGUGUAUGGCGUGUCUGCACGAUUCGCAAAACGCGAGAAUACGAAUGCAUGCGAAACUGAUAAACGGAGGGCAGAUUAGUCUCGCGUCUCCCUGUGAUUCGCGGUGAAAAGAGAAAAAGAAAACACGCACACAUUCCGUUUGUGUGUCAUUCCACUCGGAGUGUAAAAGAAAAGACAUCACGUAGCCUGUCCAGGUGCUACAGGCUUUCGCCAAACACACUUUGUGAUUUAGAAAGCGUCCCUCAAUUUUUUUACAGCCCCCCCCCCCCCCCCCCGCAUUCCGUUCUUAUUGCGCUAUGAAAAAUCAAUCAUCAGCUGUGUUUAUACCUGCGGUUAGCAAUUUUAAAAGCGCGUGUAUGUUUUAUUAGAAGAAUUUUUAAAUAUGAGUGGCUUCUAAGAUAAAAGUUUGCAUAGAGCAGCAACACACAGCAAUGAAGGGUAUGUCGAUAGCCCGCCUCGUAAAUUGGCAGCUUUUUUUAGCCAUUGGCCUUUUGAACUUAUCAGGCAGUUUUUAUUAUCAAAAGCUGCUCCCAGCAAUGUUGGUUGCUGUUCAGACGUUUCACAAAUUUCUGACACCCCCCCCCCCCCUCCCCUUAAAGGGGUGUCUCAAUCAUGGUGCGUAUGAUGCGUUUCCGGCUGUCGAAGCGCUUUCGCCAGAUCAGAUUUAAACAAACGUAGCCUUCGAGAUCUGUGUUAACCAGCGUGAAGCGUGUCUGAGACAGUACCUACCAUACAAGGAGGUUUUUGAAAAAAAAAAUCAUUGGAAGUCGUCUCCCACAGAAAGUGAAAUUCGCCACCUUGCUAGAGGCACGAUAAAGUGCUAGCGUUGCAGCGAAGAAAAAUCACCAUUUUCCUCAAGCUCUCGGCGAGUUUAGCGAAGGUAAUUUUACAGACAGAUGCACCUCACUGCUUUAUUCAAGCCUCUUAGUUUAGGCAAGUUUUACUACAGAUCGGAUUAUCAAUGCUCAACCGGAUAUGUUACCUUCAUCAGGGAGAGCUACCUCUUAUGUUGUAAUUAACCUUUCAUUCACGUCAACAGACCGAAACCGCUUUAUUUCUAAUCGGGCGUCAUGCGAGAAGGCCGUGUUUUUGAGGUAAAGUAGACACACGAGCUUGUUCCACAUUUGCUGCUAAAAAUUUAGUAGCGGCAGGCUGCACACCUGAUUGGAAACGUAAGAUCACCUUGACUUACCACCGGUCGAUCGUAAACUCAGGUUUACUUAGGCACACUUUUAUAGAACUCCACGUGGUCGAAAUUUCCGGAGCCCUCCACUGCGGCGCGCCUCGUGAUCGCAUCCUGGAUUUGACACGUAAAACCCUAGCGAUGGUUAAUUUUACUGUGCCGUCAUAACUGUGCCGUCAUUACUGUGCCGUCAUAAAUCUUUGUAAUAUACUCGCUUCAGGAUGUGAACCCCUCAGUGGCUCUUAAUUGAGUGGUGUAGCUAUUGAACUAACAUUUACACAAUCUCUAAACGCGUGGUUCAACUGCACUGGCCAACUGGUGUCGCCCUAGUGCACCAAUGCUGAUGCGAAGGUCGCGGGAUGGAAUUCUGACCGAGGCGACCGCAUUUUCGAUUCAGGUGGAAAUGCUUAUGGCCCGUGUAUUGUGCGAUAUCGGUGCAGGUUUAAAAACCCCAGGUGGUCGAAAUUGGUUGAAAUUUCCGGAGCCUUCUACUGCGGCGUCUCUCGUAAUCAUAUCAUGGUUUUGGGACGUUCAGCCCCAACAAUUAUUAUAGUUUACUGGUGCCUCGCGGAAGGUUCCACUCGUCGCUACCGGCGCUCAACAAGGACGCAAAUUUCGCCUCGACAGCAAGCUACGGGUUUCCUGCGUGGUUGCGCCGACUAACCGAAGCUAACGUUGUCUGCGUGCUGUAGCACCGGUCGCGAGCGCGUUAGUAGUAUCGUGGGCUGGUUACUUCGUUACACGCGUGGCUGCUCCGAAUUCCUGGGAUGACGAUUGGUUUUACUAUCGUUUGCCCUCAAUCCCCAGUUCACAUCUGUGUCAGGCGGCGCGAUCGCGCUCUUUCUCAUUGUGUGUGAAUACUCUGUUCCAUGCUUCCACUGGUGGUCGUGCGUACACAGCCGCGCAGUCCGGCCUGGUUUCCUUCAAAUCACACCGGCUAGCUGCGCAAGUGUCUGCUCCUAUCCCUGACGUUUGGGAGAUUCGCCGGAUGUGUCUCGCUAGCUGCCACGUCACCUGCGUCCGCCCCAUUUGUCCUUUUCAUCCCGAAGCGCCUCUCACCUCUCGUGUGUGGUGGAGCCGAAUAAACGAAAAGAAAAGCAGAUGGGCAAAAAGGAAGAA